AUGCACUGGAUCGCCCUGCUUCUGCCCCUGCUGCUCCUCGCUCAUAGAGGCCAGGCAGUGGAUCUGCCCAGCUCUGCAGAGUACCUGAGGAGGCAUUGCGCCGCACACCGGGCCGUCUACGAGCCCUUGAUCGACGGCUACCUCUCGCAGUUCAGGGACGGCUUCACCGUUGCGCAGCUGCUCACUCUCCCCUCGGUCUACAAUGGCACGCGCAUGCAGCGGGAGUUCAGUGGGGGCAUGCCUCUGCUGUAUAUCAUUGAUGGGGAGCUGAGAGUGGACGCCAGCCUGCCCAAGCCGGGCAACAAGCGGCUGAAGAACCUGGAGUACUUUGGUAUGCCGGUUCUGGAGCAGUUAACACGCCGCGCCCGGCUGCCGGAUUUGGCGCUGCUCUAUUCGCCCUUUGAUGAGCCCACCGAGUUUCCUGGUGUGGACGCGGCACCCUGGUUCGGCUACUGCACGGUGCCGCAGCAGCAGCGCACGCUGAUGCUGCCGGACACGCUGGCACCGGCGGAUCUGCAGUGCCCCGCCGGCGGCUGCCAGGCCGGCCCGGGGGACGCGCGUGAGCCGCGCGCCGUUUUUCUUGGAUCGCCCACCGGCUGGCACAAGGGCAAGCGCCGCGCCGUGCACAGCGGGCUGACGGAGGACCCGGACAGGCUGCUGUCGCCGGAAGAGCGGGAGGUCUUUCGCCCGGUGCAGUUCAUGGAGCUGCCGGAGCAGGUGCAGCGCUUCAAGUACUUAGUAAACGUUGAGGGCAACUGCGCGGCGCUGCGGCUGCGGCGGUUGCUGGCGUCGCCGUCGGCGGUGAUGUUUGUGCAGUCAGACGAGAUCGAGUGGUACUACCCACUGCUGAAGCCCUACGUGCAUUAUAUCCCCGUGAGGUUUUCGGCGGCCGGGUUGCCGGAGGGAGGGUUGGGGCAGGUGGAUCUAGCCGAGAAGGUGGCCUGGGCAGAGGAGAAUCCCCAGAGGGUGGCGGCGAUUGUGAGGGAGGCGAAUGCGUUUGCGCGGAAGUAUUUAUCCAGGCAGGGGCAGGAGUGCUACGCGAUGCAGAUGCUAGAUGCGUUUGCUCGGUUGCUUAGAGACCCCUGGAACGUGCGCAGGGUCAGGCACAGGACUCGACCCUACCCGGGGGUGCACACCGAUUGA